CAAAUUGAUAAGAAUGUCAAAUGGUGUGGCCGACUGGCCGAGACUAUUUUUGAGAAAAAAUAGAAUUCCCGCGAGAUAAAUUACUUCCAAAGGUCGACAUUUUUAAAUUACAAAAUGUACUCUCGUUGUGGAAGCAGUGGUUCAAUCCAGAAUAUUCACCAAACCCCGUCAUCUUCGAAUCAAAAUACAGAAGAUGAGGAUGACAGUGGUGACAACAAAGCCUCAGCUCUCAGCUUUAAAGAAAGGAGAAGAGAAGCUCAUACUCAGGCUGAGCAAAAACGAAGGGAUGCUAUAAAGAAAGGUUAUGAUUCUCUACAGGAGUUAGUGCCUACUUGUCAACAAACUGAUGCAUCUGGGUAUAAGCCCAGUAAGGCAACUGUACUUCAAAAAUCAAUAGACUACAUCCAAUAUCUACUUCAACAACGCCGACGACAAGAGGAGGAGAGGAAUGCCCUUAGGAAAGACGUGGUCGCUCUACGCAUAAUGCAGGCCAACUACGAGCAGAUCGUGAAGGCACAGCACUCUGUGCCCGGCCACAACGAACAGAGGCUUACCGAUCAAGACAAGUUCCAAGUGUUUCAGGGUAUAAUGGACAAACUGUUCGAAUCUUUUGAAACGGUGCCCACGAACAACUUUGCAGAGUUUUCAGCCGGUGUUUUCAACUGGCUAGAAGAGUAUUGUAAGCCCAACUCCCUGAGAACAAUGGUGCACGAUGUGUUAAGAGAGCAAAAUUAUACGCCCUGAUAAUAUUCGGCUGUAGUUUAUGGACUUGAGAAUAUUUUUAGUAUAUAAAAUGCUUGUAUUUACAAACAGUAAAUUAAAUCGAUUGCCAUUUCAGGGAUCAAAUUAUAUUAGAUAGUUUUGGUCGUGCCUCGUACGCGCCUUGGACGAGGCAAGACUUAAACGUUAUCAUAAUGUAUUAUAUUAAUGAGAUAACCG